AUGAUUCAAAAUUAUGACCGUCUUGUGGAGGUGGCAGCAUAUGUGGAGAUUACCGUAGAGGCUGAGGAGGAAAGAAUCCGGGGUUCAAGAUCGAGGGGUCAAGGGUCACAGGGGGACUAUAGACCCAACAAGAAGACAUUCGCAUUUGCAUUGGGGUUAGAGGUGGCACGGCUAACAUCUUUGCUCAAAGUUGAGUCACCAGUCGGUGGUAUAGUUGAUUUAGACCGAGGAUGUCGUGGUUGUGAGAUAGUGGUUGCCGGGCAUCGACUCUCAUUUGCUUUUGUGUUGCUAGACAUGUCGUGUUUUGAUGCCACUCUAGACCGGGUUAAUAGGGUCUUGUUGCCAAUUUAUGACCCUCGUAGUAGAAACGAGCUUAGUGGCCUUUUCGCUACUCUCUUGGAUAGUAAGAGUGACGGGACUCGUGUUAAGUUGCCAAGGGUAGUUUGUGAAUACCCGAACAUAUUUCCCAAGGAUCUUACUAGUUUGCCACCCCACCAGGAGAUCAAGUUCACCAUUGACUUAAUGCCUGGAACGACACCAAUCUCCAUGGCGCCGUAUAGGAAAAGACGUGGUGAACCCGCCGAACUAGGGCGUGGAAGUAUGAAUUGA